AUGCAGUAUUCCGUCAAACAUCAGCACAAGCUAAGUUUUGAAGAAACACUUCCUCCCUACCACAAACAGAACGACAGCAGCUUACGAAUUAUCUCCACACAAAUCAGAAGAAUUCGAGGGACAUGUACUUACCUCUCCAAGAAUAUGAACUGCCCCGUGCUUUAUGAAAUAUACGGUCGUUGUGUAUCAAAAAGUGAACCAUUCUCGAAUAUACCUGGUCUGUCUUUCGUUUUACAAGAAAACGGCCACAAACAAACAGUAAACUGUGCAUUAUAUGACUUUGAUGAGAUACUGCCAAAUAUUAUGGUUGGUAAUACAUACAGAUGUGUUGGACGGUAUCAUUGUCAGAAAUACGUAUUUCAGUGUUUCAAUGUGGAGGAACUAAGUGAAAAUGAAGUGGAUCUCAUGGAGUCCUUUCAAUAUCAAUCAAACCUAGAGCUGACAGAAUUAACAAGACCAAACAAAAGCACGAAAACGUCAAGCAGAGUAUCUAAAACAAUAUGGCGACCCAACUCAAUUGCCAAUGCUUCUACCAUAAAUCAUCCACUGGAAUUUCGACACUUGACAGUACCAACUGCGAAAUAUGCUGUGAGGAAAAAAUAA